AUGCUCCUGGAAUCCGCUCCCAUUACGGUUCUCAAAGACCUUUCUAUCCCCCAGGCUCAGCGUCUCCUCAACUACAUUUCCUCGCGCCUGCGCUCGUGUGCUUUCUGCCUCGAUGCUUGCCGUGAAGAAAUCGAUCGCGUAGAUGGCUUGUUUGACGCCUGUUGGCGGCAGUUUAAGGUCGACUUGCGCUGGAGGCUUCUCCCCCAGUACCCACCCCCCAAAGACUCCCCUACUCCUCAAAUCGCUACCUGGUGGAUCCCCGGCGAAGGAACCAUUGCACCCCAGAACCUCUCUGUUUCAGACCUCCUCGACGCCUGGUCUCACGAAGAUCAGGAGCUCUGGGCCCCAUGGCAUUUUCACAAGAUUGCCAUCCAUCCGUGGGACGACCAAAGGAUGCUACCCUUCGUAGAGUCCUACAAGAUUAUGGAGGAAAGGAUGUUGUCGGCCGAGACAGAAAUGAGGAGCGCGAUGGAGGCCAUGGACGUCUUCAAGUCCUCUUGCGAUCGACUCCCAGAGGGUCUCAGGCGUAAGCUGGUCCGAACUCCUCCUCAAUCGCCAAAGUCUCCUUGGGGUCCAGGAACCGGUUGGGGAUCACCGUUGGGUCCGAUGACGAGCAGCUGGGACAACAGCGGAUCCACGUUCCAAGCAGCCCCGGAAGAUACCGUUGACCGCAUGGAUGAGGAGGAGGUGAUUGAGCAGCUUGAUCGCGUAGAGCUAGUUGAUGUGAAUUUCUCUGUUGUCCAUCCAUCCCACUUCCAAUGA